AUGGACUCAUGUUUCCUGCAGGCCACUGUCCGGAUGUUGGACUGGGAGGAUUCAUGCUUCAGGGAGGUCAAGGAUGGAAUUGUCGAGUAUAACUGGGGAUGGGCAGCCGACAAGCUGCUUGCCGUGGAAGUAGUGACAGCAAAAGGCGAACUUUUGCUAUGCAAUAAAGACCAGUAUCAAGACCUCUACUGGGCUGCCCGCGGAGCCGGGCCAUUAUUCCCGGCAAUCGCGACUACGUUUCACUUGCAGCUUAACCCCUAUCCUACUGGAUUCCGAUCAUCGGCAUAUAUCUAUCCAGCAAAGAUGUACCGCGAAGCCUUCAACUGGGUCCAAUCUGUCCUUCCAACCGCCGACCAAGAUACCGAGAUCGUCAUGGUGGCAUUUCACUCCGAUGGCGAGCUAUGUUUCAAGGUUGAUUUUGUCGCUAUGAAAAGUAGUGUUGCGGAAGCUGAGGAUGCACUCCUCACAAUGCAUACCGGCCGCCCUCCUGGAGCUCUUUCAGAAUCGGUAUGCCAAGAGGAGAGUCUAGAGAACUUGCAUCAUGGCCAAGCAAUGGCGAGCCCGAAAUCUCUUUACUAUUAUGCCGAUAAUGCCUUCAUCGAUGAAGGAGCCAAUGUGACAGAUGUCCUGGAAGAGGGUUUUGUCAAUCUCCCUCCUGGGAAAUCAUGGGCAUUCUGGUGUCCCAUGUAUCCAUACAGUCAGCGAGUAGGCUCGGAUAUGGCAAUGCGUGUGCCAUCGAAUCACUACUUUUCGAUGUAUGGCAUUGCUGAAAGUGAAGACAACACUCCACAAUGCAAAGCGUGGGUGGAAAACACUAUAGCCGGAAUCAAGAAACAUGCGGUGGGUUCCUACAUAGGUGAAAGUGAUCUCAAGGAACCGCCUGAGUGGUACUGGGGUGCGCGUAGUGCUCAGCGUCUUGCAGAAGUACGCCAGAAGUGGGAUGAGGCUUCUUUGUUUUCUUCUGUGCAUCAACUAUCGAGAAAGUGA